CAACGGCUGCCGUGGAAAUGUAGGAGAUUUGUGAAUUCCGCAAGCUGUUACAUCAUCUGAAUGCGAAAAUCUCGUUGCCCGUCGCCUGCCUAGCGCUGCUGAACCUGAGCUACACGAUGUCCAGCGUGGCCCAUCUAUUCCAGGACAUGAAUUCCUGUCCAAUUAGAGUGUUCAGCUACACCAUUGCCAACGUACUUCUGUGGCUGGUCAUCUCGUUGACGCCGUUCUUCCAAGCUGCAUCGCUGACGGUAUCCUGUCGACAAACGCAAACCUGUGGACACCUGAUCAGCAUCCGUCCGUUCGUCCACCGGAACACUUCGUCCGAGGAUUUGAACACCGUCCUGCUGUACGCCUCAUCGCUGAAUAUGUCGGCAAAGCUGUUCCGCAUGCCAAUCAGCGCCCACUAUCUGUGCUUCGUCGUGUUUGUCUGUAUCGUGGCACUACUCACGUUCGGGAUGUGCCUCAGUCUGGCAAUUGGCAACGGUGGAGUUUAAUACCCACCUACAUAUUCCGUACAUUCUCGCCCAGCAACCAACAACUGUAAUAUACGAAACGAAACGGAUGUGCCACCACAAGACAAGCUUCGAAAUGUGUGCUGUCAGUUAUUAUGGAACCAAUAUAAGACAGCCAUAUUGAGUCGGGGGCUGUGAAGAGACGAUUUCGAGCGCAAGAUUGUGGGAAUGCGCUAUUAAAUUCCCAACAAGGCAACGGAAAGUUUGAUUUUGUCUCCAAUCGAGAAAAUAUUCCAUUUUGGUAUACAAUAUUAUGUAGCGCGAAAGUGGUGGUUAAGAAGUAAUUUGAAAUCCGUAUGCAAAAUAACUCAAAUUUUAAAGUGUAUGUUCGUUGAAAUAGUGAUACAUUCGGUAGCUUGAAUAUUCUUCUACUACACCGAGAGGCAAAAAAUGUUUGAAAACAUUUACAUUUUAUAGGCAAAUACAAUGAAGUUGAAUUCAUUGGUUCGUGCUUGUAAGUCAUUUCUAUAUUUCUUUUUUUUUUCGAUAAUAAGGAAAUAAAUAAUCGUUCACCCAUGUUGCAUAUUUUAUCGUUUCCAUCAAUUGUAGUGGAGUAGGAGGGAAGCAAAUCUGAAACAAAUAACAAUGAAUACGUUUGCAGGUGACUCUAGAAUAAUUCAUAAGAAACCGGUAUAGGUAGAAUUCAUUGAAAUAAAAACAAUA